AUGGAAAUGGUCUGUUCCAGGAAGAAGAAAAAAACAAAUUUUGUCGCAUUUCAGACUUGUCUGACGACUCGUUCUCGAGUUCCCAAGACGUACACGGAUGAUGUUGUGUGUACAGAUGUUUUCGAAGAUGUUCAAAAAUGGAGUAUUGAACAGAAAUUAUCAUCAAUCGAUAAUUAUAAAGGAAAAUUUGUUGAAGAGUUGACAUCGGAUGAAUUUAAUUUAUCUUAUAUUCAACGAACAGGUUUCGUAAAUCCUGUUAUUAUUAAAAAUCAUCGUGGACUUGGUUUAAGAAUGCCAAGUGAAAAUUUUAGUUUAAAUGAUGUUAGAUCAUGUGUAGGUAGUCAACGUGUUAUCGAUGUUAUGGAUGUUGAAACACAAGAACCAUUAACAAUGACAAUGAAAGAAUGGUGUACAUAUUAUAGUGAUGAAACAGCAAAAUCAAAUCGUUUAUUAAAUGUCAUUUCACUUGAAUUUAGUCAUACGAAAUUAGAGAAUUAUGUUGAAUCACCUGAACUUGUACGAGUACGCCAAAUGGAUUGGAUAUCGACUGCCUGGCCAUCUUAUUGGCUCGAAGUACAAGAAUAUCAAAAUGAUUUGAAACAUAUGUAUUAUCCCAAAACGAGAAAGUAUGCACUGAUGAGUGUUAAAGGAUGUUUUACAGAUUUUCAUAUUGAUAUGGAAGGGCGUAAAACAUUAUUACGUGGAUCAUCUGUAUGGUAUCAUGUUUUAAAAGGAAAAAAAUUCUUUUGGUUAAUUCCUCCGACUGAUCAACAUUUACGUUUAUACGAAGAAUGGACGUUAUCAGGAAGACAAAAUGAAUAUUUUUUUGCUGAUUUAUGCUGUUUGGAUGAAUGUCAAUUAAUAAUUUUGGAACCGGGAUGGACUUUCUUUCUUCCAUCAGGUUGGAUUCAUGGUGUUUAUACACCAGAAGAUUCUCUUGUAUUUGGUGGAAAUUUUUUGAAUUCUUAUCGAAUACCAAUGCAAAUUAAAAUAUGGAAUAUGGAAAGAAAAAUUCGAGUACCAGAGAAAUAUCGUUAUCCCUAUUUUCUUGAGAGUAUGUGGUAUGUGAUUGAACGAUAUGUACAUUGUUUAACCGGUGUAACACAUAUUGAAGAUGAUUGUUUGGAACAUGCCACACAAGAAUCAACAACAUCUGAAAUAUCAGUGACAACUUCACCAGGUAUAUAUGAUCCAUUAUUUCUGUUGCUACAUUUCUUAUUGAUGGAUGACUGA